AUGAGCGAUCACGGCGAUAACAACCGAGAUGAUGAUGAACCUCACGUUCGAUCAUCUCGUGAAAGACGAAAUAGUCAUAAUGAAGAUAGUAGUAGUAGUUCCCAUCGUUCACCUAGCAAACCUCAUAAAAAAUCAAGUUCAAAGGAUUUGUCAUCUAUUGGUAAAAAAGUUGCUGAAAAAAGUGGUGGUCUUUUUUCGCCUGAAGACUGGAUGUGUAAAAGUUGUGGAAAUAUCAAUUGGGCACGUCGAUCAACUUGUAAUAUGUGUAAUAUGCCUAAAUUUCAAAAAGCUGAAGCACGAACUGGUGCUGGUGGUGGAUAUAAUGAACGUGAUAAUGUUCAAUAUAAUGAAAAAAAUCAAGAAUCUGAUGGCGAAUAUGAUGAAUUUGGACGUAAGAAAAAGAAAUUUCGUAAUACAACAAGAGAUUCUGAUGAUGAUGAGGAAAAUUCUAAUGGUAAUACUCGUACAGAAAAUGAUGGGGAAGACGAGGAGGAAGAAGAUGACGACGAUGAUGAUGAUGAUGGUUUUGAUGCUAAAAAGUAUGCAUUAGAUAGCGAUGAUAAUGAUGAAGACGAUACUAAAAAUCAUCAUCAAGCAAGUUCAUCAAGUAGUAAUAAAAAAUCAUCUACUAGUCGUGAAAGACAAUAUUCACGUUCACGUUCAAAUUCAUCAGAAAGUCGAAAAUCGAAUGAUAAAAAAUCUAGUCGAUAUGAUAAGGCAUCUUCGUCAAAUAAUCGUAAACGUUCAAAUUCACCACGUAGUUCAAGACGAACUGAUGAUUAUUAUGAACGACGACGAUCAAGAUCUCGUUCACCUGUUAGUUCAUCUAGUCGAAAUUACCAAAAAAGUUAUCGUCGUUAA